UCCAGCGCUCAAUCGGUUUGUACAUAAUUAAAGGAGUUAGUUUAAAUUCUGUUGAGAAGCAUAAAUUCGUUUUUGUUUAUAUAAAAAAUAUGCGUAAAAAUUUGCGCUUUAGGUAUUUAGAUCUAGUCUUAAUAAUUUUAAUAUCAAGUUUUUUCUUAAUUUACGUUGUUGCAUUCGAAAAUGCAAAAAAUGUUGAUGUGUAUGUAGCUGCGGCUUCAAAAUCGAAUACCACACGCUGGACACCUGAAAUUAUUUUAUAUUUAAGCAAAGAUAGCAAAAGUAAAAAUAAAAAGUAUAAAGAAAAAAUAUUGCCAAAUUACAAAAAAGUGAAAAAAUCAUUAAGCGCAUUGGACGAAAAGGAUAAAGUGCAUUCUCCUGUAGAGUACGCAUUUGUAAAAAAGCCUCAAAAGGACGUGGACGUCCGUGGGACCAUCGCACAUCGCGUUAAUGAAAGGCAAAUAAUAAAAAAUGAUUUUCAUGAAGUGGUGAAUGUUGAUUCUGUGGCUACGUUGAGUAGUGCUUCGCGAGUUAUUAGUCUAAGAGAUGCCAUUAUUGAAUCAAAUAAUGGCCAACAUGAUAAUGGUGUGAUAAAUGAAGUGCCUAAAGUUGUGGAAAGUGUUGUGAUACAAAAAGAAAAUUUUGCUACCAACCAACCUUAUGAGAAUGACUAUAGUUCUAAAAUUGAUCAUAGCGAAUUCAAGAAACUCAAAAAAAACCUGACUAUGUUUCUGAUAUUCUUUUGGAUAAUUUGGUUUUCCCAAAUAAUUGCGAUUUCCACAAUGUUUAUGAGCUUGCCGGAUAUCACGGAAAUUCCUGCAGUUACAGUGACUGAAUUGCCACUGGAAGUUCUCGAGCCAACGCGUGCAAACGUAGAAGCCAUAAUUUUAGAUACCUCAAAUGAUAUAACACAGGCUCAGGAAAAUCAAACGGCCGAUACCGUUGAAAAAAAAAAUUUACUGCAUGCAGAUGAGCAAAUAAUAAAAAUUAACGAUUCUGGUGGAGGUUCAGAUUCCUUGCCGCCAACAAAUGAAAUUCCAUUAACAAUCGAUAAAAACAUUCCAAGUGAAAAUGAGUUUGAAGGCGCAGAUGAAAUGGGUGAUAUUAUUAAUGGUGAAGAAGAAUUUGAAGAUUUCGAGUUAGAAGAAACCACGAACAAUGGUAGUGGAUACAAUAUAAAUUUAACAUCUUCAGUAAAUGUGACAGUAGAAGAAGUACCUAUACCUGUAUUUUCUGAAUGGGCACAGAAAAAAAUAGAACAAGAAGUCAACAUAACAACUGAUCAAAAAAAAAACAAAACAAAAAGUAGCAAAAAAUUACCUCAACUUAAAUUACGUUCCAAGAACUAUGCUUCACCGGAUUGUGGUGCUAAGAUUCUUGCGGCAAAUAUUGAAGCAAGUCAUACCGGUGCUGUUCUUAGCUCAUCUAAGGAUGAGUAUAUGUUAAGUCCUUGCGGUAGUCGAAUAUGGUUUGUUGUGGAAUUAUGCGAAGCAGUACAAGCACAAAAAAUUGAAAUGGCAAAUUUUGAGCUAUUCUCUUCAUCACCAAAAAACUUUUCAGUUGCGGUAUCAACUCGAUUUCCAACACGAGGUUGGUCAAAUGUUGGACGUUUUGCUGCGCAGGAUAAACGUACGCUUCAAAGCUUUGAUUUGCAUCCGUAUCUUUUUGGUAAAUUUGUGCGAGUUGAUAUUCAUUCACAUUAUUCGAAUGAACACUUUUGUCCCGUCUCUCUUUUUCGUCUUUAUGGUACGUCAGAAUUUGAAGCAUUUGAAACAGAAAAUUCGCCAGGUGAUGAUGAUUUUGAUGAUGAUGUAAUAACUGAUCAUGGUGGGGGAGUGUUAAAUGAAAUUGUAAAUGAUAGUGCAAAUGAUAGGAAAGAUGAAAGAAAAAUUGAGGGAAGCGGCUAUGGUGAUUUAAGUAUAUUUAAAUCUGCAUCUGAUGCAGUAAUAUCAAUAGUAAAAAGAGCUGCUGAAGUACUAGUAAAACCUGUAAGUAACCACUAUCGAUCCAGAAGGGUAAAGCGACUUUGCGAAACCGACGUACAAAAGCUAUUCAGCUGUGCUGAAUGUAAUUCCACACUCGUUGAACGAAUUAAUAUUGCUUUGUCCUGUGAACCGAUGCAAUUAAGUGGUUUGCUCAAUAAACGAAAACUGCGAAAUGAUUUAAUAAAUUCGAAAGUGUGCGCCAAACAGUACGGUUUCCAAACAAGUACUCCCGCUCAUAGCUGCGUACUCAAUCCAUAUAAAGAAAUUACAGAAAUUGAUAUAAAACAAAGUUAUUAUUUAACAUUAUUGCCCACUGAUUAUAUAGGUGCAUUGUGUUUUCUUUAUAUGCAACAGUAUAUACAAACGAAAUCAGAAAAUUCUUCAAUGGAGGGUUUGGAUCAUGACGAUGAUAACACGGACUUACCACUUAAUUUAACCAUAGAGAAAGAGUUACGAGAAAGAGAUUUUGAAUAUAUUGAAAAGCCGGAGAAAAAUAUAUUAAACAAUAAAGACAAAUUUACAAGCAAUUACGAUAAGGAAGAUUUACAGGAGAAUUUAUCAAAUCAGCAACCUUCAAUCAGUACUCCAAGCACUUCUACGGAAAGUGGACAAUUACAAAAACCACCAAAAUCAGUAAACGAUGAAGAAACUACAACAGCUGCUCCGAGUGCGACCAAUAAUUCUGCAGAAGAUGUAAAUAUAUUUAACACACAAUCCACAGAAAAAGUAACUACUGAAGAAGAAAAGGAUAACACGGUACCUAGCUUUAAUAACCACACAGAGGAAUUAAUAACCAAGGUAACAACAACUGAACCUACUUUAACAGAAACAGUAACUUCAUCACCUGUACAGCAGACCACAACAAAUGCUGCGCAAACUAAAGAUUCAGUUCCAGUGCACACAAGUGAAAUACAGCAGACUACACCAACAAAUUUAAAUAUAGACACCGCAACAACUUCUUCUAUUGGAACCAAUAAUAAUACUGGUACAAAUAAAAAUGAAGAAGUUGUGAGUAAUGACUGUGAGAAUAUCGAAAACAUAUUAACAUCAACUGUUGCACCAAAUAUUCAAGGCAAUGUUCAUACACAAAAUGGAAAUAAGAACAGCGUAAACAAUGCAAACAGCGCUAAUCAAAAACUAUCCAGUUCUGCGCAAUCAGAGAGUAUUUUUAGCAGACUUUCAAAUCGUAUUAAGGUCUUAGAACGUAAUAUGUCACUUUCAGCAUUAUAUUUGGAAGAGCUGUCACGCGUCUAUAAUAAGCAAGUUGAAGAACUGCAGUUAAUGGUAACACAAACUACACAGACAGUUCGCUUGCUAGAAGAACAUACUCGUCGUCAUCGGCAAGUGGAAGAAAAGUUUGCAGAAAAAAUUGAACAAUUAAGUGUCGAUUUAGAUAAUGUAACGCUAGAACUUCAUAUUUAUAGAAUGAUCACUACGUGUUUAGGUGCAUUAGUGCUGGUGCUGCUUCUGGUGGGUAUAAUGAAUCUUCGAACGGUACAAAGAAGCAUCUUUAAAAAUUUCAUUAUCGACAGCAACAAGAAUAACAAAAACAAUGUAUCUAAUGAAAGCCUAAAAUUGCCUAAACGACGAAAGUCAUUUGAAGUAUCCACUCAAGCACAAAGCCAAUGUGCCGAAAAGUUGCGUCGACCCAGUGAAGAAUGUGCGCUUAUCUUAAAUCAUUAUUCAGCUAGCGCCAGUGAUUCCACUGAACUUAUUAACGAUUUUUAUAAAGGAAAUAAAAUAAACUUAAAUGAGAAUAUGAAUAAAAAUAAUUCCCGCCAACGUAAGUUCUCGGUUUGUUAUGAUUCCGCAAAGAGUACACACAUCAUAACAAAUAGGUGCAGUACUGAAAAAGCACCACAUCUAAAUAUGCUGCAGCAUGUAGAAGAUUUAGGUUUCAUUGACACUGAUAUAGAAUGUUAUGAUAAAUUCGUAACUGAAGAUAAGCAUGUACGACAGCGCAUAAAUGGACAAGCAAAAUCAAAGUAUCAAAACUUUGUCCAAUUAGAUGGACCAAAAUCGAAAUCAAAAAAACGCGCACAACAGCUAAAACGACAAGAAUCUGCACCAUCCGAACUCAUAACUUUUACUGAGCCAUACUUAAAUCGCAGUGUACCCAAUAAACGGUUAUUAGAAACAUCUGAUUAUAAUGAAAGCUUAUUGCUUGACGAUGAUGGUCUAGACAACUUUAUACCGAAUUCAGACAUGGUCUAUAACGAAUUUAUGCCAGAAGGCCCAUCAGGUUGUCAAAUAAUAACAAAUGAAAACAUAAAGACUGAUCCCACUUCUAAAACUGCUGGUGCAGGAAUGAUAACCGCUGUUACUGGAGCAAAUACUAAAAAGGCAAAACGUAUUACAUCACCUGCGUUCUUUAAAUCAGCUUUCAGUAAAAAUGGUAAAAUAAAAGUCACCAAACAAAAUCCACCACACGAGUCUACAUCCUGGGAAUGGCAUCGUUUACGAAAAUCCGAACAACAUAAAAUACCAAAGCAACACAUGUCAACUUCAACUUCAAAUAAUAGCUUAAAGCAUGAAACUCAAAUCGUAGGUAACGAUAAAGCUGCAAGUGUUGAUUCGACCUCAUUAUCCGAAAUCAAUUUUCCAACAAAUUUCACAACGAACUCUUUUCGCAUCUUAGAGGAAGCUAUUUUAACAUCAGGUGAAUGUAAUGCUGUAGUAACAAAUGGCUCAGGAAAUAGUUAGUGAGUUGUGAGUACAACUUUAUUCAACUCGAUAAGAAGCUGAGUGUUUCCUAUUUGCACCUUAUCCCUUGUGGAACUUGUCUGAUGCUGGUAUUCACGCAACUAUUUUUAUUGUUUUUCAUUUAAAAGAAUAUUUGAUUUAAUUUUUAUAAAAAAAAAUUAUCACAUUUUGCAUUCUUUUCUGAAGCAGCAGCAUGUAUCUUCUUUUCAUUAACCAGUAACUUAUACAUGCAAGAAUAUAUUUUAAAGAUUUUAUGUUGUGACUAUUUUUUCUUAGAACCUCACAAACGCUUUUCCUCAUUAAAUGUGUAGUUGUAAAUAAGUACAGCUGUUGUUGCCUUAAUAACAAAUAUAUAUAUAUGUGUGUAUGUCUAUCUGUCUAUAUAAUGUAUUAAGUUAAAUUCAGUUAAAUACGUUGUUUUUAUAUGUAAUUUUAAAACUUAACGUUACAUCUCUAACAAUUUGAGUAAACAUUUAAAAUACUUGUUAAUCUAUAUUUAUUUGAUCUAAUUAAUUAUCAAUAAAUAUGUUUGAUAUCUCCUCUUACGGGUGACCAAGAACUACACAUCAUUAUCAAAUUGGAAACCUCUUAAAUCUUAACAAGUUUCUUAGUCUAAAUAAAUAAAAACUUUGAUAAAAUACUAAUUUUUUAAUUAGACAUACUUAUAUUUAAGAUCAUUUUUUUUAAUGAUGGAAUUAAUGAAUGACAGACACUGCCAAUUUUGUGAAAUGUAAAGUGAAACGUCUAUGCAACUCCGCUGCUGUUGUUGAUGUUUUAGUAACCCUAGAAUCCAGAAAGUAAGUACAGAUAAGAAUAUCAAAACUUGCAUAAAUCACCUCCCGAAAAAGGGAUAAGGGAUGUUAAGAAAGGGAAGUGAUAAGCGGUGGUUAGGUGGGAUAAGGAUGGAGGUAAGAAUUGUUGAAUAUAACUUUGGUCCAGGUGGAGAAACUUUGGUAUUUUCUUUUUUCCUGUGGCUCGUUUAUGUAACUUUCUCACUUCGUUUUCUCGAACGAUUUUCUCACUUUUGACAAUUACUCACUAGAAGUGAUUAUGUAACUGUGGUGAAUUGUUUUCUCACUUUUUUUCGUUCGAGUUUUUGUCACCUGUCAAAUUGCUUGUGAGAAGUUUUGAAUUUUGAAUAUUGAAUUUAAAGUUAUACAAAGUGAUAGUGAGAACAUUU